AUGAUAAACGGCUGGAGAAGAGCCUUUUGCACUUCCAUACCCAAAGAGAGAAACGACAACAACGACGACGGAGUUGUUGAUUCACCGGAAAAUCAACGUCUCCGCAACAAAUCCACCUCUAGAUUCGGGUUUUUCUCAACUCCGUCAACGCCUCGUUCCGUUUCCGGUACUUACAGUCUCCGUUGUCGUACUUCGCUAGCCACCGCCGUCUCCACCGCUUCUCCAUCUCCGUCUCUUCCCGGAACUCCGAAGCUAAAGUGCAGAACAACCACCGCGGAAACAACUCCAAUCACAACGCCGACGAGAAACAUAAGCCUCGUUUCUUCUCCUUCUUCUUCUUCUCCGGCGAGCUUCUCCAUCCUCAAAUCCAAACUCCGAUUCAAUAAGCAGAGUAGCAACAAAUGCGGAAUCUGUUUGCAGAGUGUGAAAUCAGGUCAAGGUACGGCGAUUUUCACGGCGGAGUGUUCACACACGUUUCAUUUCCCCUGCGUGACCUCACGCGCCGCCGCAGAUCAUAACCGGCUCGCCUCUUGUCCGGUUUGCGGAUCUUCGCUGCUGCCUGAGAUUCGAAAUUACGCUAAACCGGAUUCUCAGACCGAGCUUAGGAUCAGAGGAGAAGCGAAGAGCAACAACAAGUCGUUGAGAGUUUACAACGACGACGAGCCUUUGAUUUCAUCUCCGAUUUCUCCCGCCGGUUUUCACACCAUACUUGAAUCCGAUGAAAACGAAGACUGUGAGUUCAGUGGAUUUUCGGUUAAUACGCCGUCACCUUUAACGGCGAUGCUCUUAACGGAUCCUUCUUCGAGAAACGUGGAGGUUAAGCUCUCGCCGGAGUCGGCAAUCGUUGCGGCGGGAAAAGGUUACGAGACUUACUCCGUGGUCCUGAAGGUGAAAUCGCCGCCGUUUCCGACGGCGCGUGGAGCUGCGCGUAGAUCUCCGGUAGAUUUGGUAGCAGUUUUAGACGUGAGCGGGAAAAACUCCGGAGGGAAAUUAGAAUCGCUGAAGCGAACGAUGAGGCUUGUGAUUUCGAAUCUACGGGAGACGGAUCGUUUAUCGAUCGUCGCGUUUUCGUCGAGCUCGAAACGGUUAUUGCCGUUACGGAGGAUGACGGCAAACGGGAGGAGAUCAGCAAGAAGAAUCGUAGAUAUCAUCUCCGUUCCCAACUCCGGCGAAGGAAUGAGCGCGAACGACGCGUUGAAGAAAGCGGUUAAGGUGUUAGAAGAUCGCCGGCAGAAAAACCCUUUCACCACCGUCUUCGUUUUAACAGACCGUCAGGCCCAUCAGGCCCACAUGGCCCAUUCUAGAAUUCCCGUCAUAUGGCUUGGCGCGUAUGAUCACGCGUUAACGGAGGACGCGUUUGCGAGAAGCAUCAACGGUUAUUUAAGCUUGUCAGUUCAGGAUCUCAAUAUGAACCUCGGGUUAGUUUCCGGGUCGGGUCAGGGAGAGAUUACUUCCGUCUACUCUCUUUCGGGUCGACCAGCUUGGCUUGGAACCGGUUCAAUCCGGUUAGGUGACAUGUACGCAGAGGAAGAGAGAGCGUUGCUGGUGGAAAUCAAAGCGCCGGUUAAUUCUUACUCCACGAGUAGGUCCCACAGAAUAUUGACCGUUCGAUCUCGUUACGUAGACCCCACGACCCAAGAAAUAAGAAACCCGGAAGAUCGGGCGCUUCUGAUUCCUUCCCCUCUCACCGUACGAUCAUCAUCUAAUCCUAACAUCUCACGGCUCAGAAACCUCCACGUAAGCACUCGAGCCAUUGCGGAGUCUCGGCGGCUAAUAGAGCGGAACAACUACUCCGGAGCUCAGAGAUUGCUGACGUCAGCUCGAGCUUUGUUAGUGCAGUACGGUUUGAACUCGAGUGAUACGUGCUUACGUGGCAUAGACUCCGAGCUAGCAGAUCUUGACAGUGUGAGAGGAAGUCAGGUGACGUCAUCAGAGAGUCUUGAGCCGCUUACUCCGACGUCGGCUUGGAAAGCGGCUGAGAGGUUGGCUAAAGUGGCUAUGAUGAGGAAACAUAUGAACAGAGUCAGCGACUUGCAUGGGUUCGAAAACGCGAGAUUUUAA